GAAGGCGUCAGAUGUCCUGAGCCAUCGAAGGGCUAACUUACUUGGUCGUAGGUUGUGGCUUGUCGAUGUCGAUGUCGAGUGGUGGUGGUGGUGGUGGUGCUGGGCGUUGCUGGUUUUCUCCAAAUUUCAAAGUUGAUCAACAAGCUGGGAGUGGCAGCCGUGGAAACGGGAGCUCGGCGACGCGCCCAAACAAAAGAUCGCGUCGAGGCUUGUCGCACAGCGAGUGGCCCGGCCCUGCGUGGCGCAAAGGGAUCCACUUUUUAACCACUGCCAGCAAGCUUUUGCGCCCUGCAGGUCUGGCCACCCGCUGGGAAGAGGGGCACAAGGACCCCGCGCCGAAUAUUUUUGAUAGGAGUCAGCUAUCGAUCGGGAAAAGAACAAGAGGUACUGUAUUUUUGUGCAACAUGCACGACCACGGACAGCAGAAAACAGUCUGGAAUAUCUGAGUCUUUGAGUCUUAGUCAUCGACAGGCAGACCGUUGACUGCGACCAUCUCCUGCGGCAAAAGCUUAUCCCACACCAAGUUUAAGAGCUUGCAUAUAAGCUCCAUUCCAUUCACAUCGUUCACAAUGACGGUGGACAUCAAAGAGCUCGAUGCUCAUGAGCAGCCUUCAGAUCAGCUAAGGGCAAAAUGGAAGGCCUUUUCCAGAACAGAACAAAAGGAUGUUCUAGAGGGAAAUGAUAUCGACGAUCUUCUAUCGCCAGAAAAGGCUGCCGAGUUUGUCAUUGCAAGCACCAUCUCUGCAGAGACCUUGAAUCAGUCCUUCAAGCACGUCUGCCCACCUGGCAGUCCCGAGAUCACAGUGGAUAAGGAUGUGCCAGUAUAUUAUCACCCCCUCUUGCCAGGUCUUCUCAUUCUGCCCUCUCUCGUCCCCCCAGAAGUCCAAAAGAUCCUCCUGCGGAAAAUGGUACAUCGAGACCUCAGCCACCCUACCCAUCAGACCAACCUCCAUCUCCAUUAUGAGCUUCCAUACCCUGAUCAAGGGUCAGAAGACCCCGAGCACAAACAUGCCUCGUUCUUUACUCUGCCCCAAGACUCUCCCACUACCUUUACGCCAAAAGAUCCCUCAGUACACAAGCCCCUGACCAUCAAACAAGUCCUCCAGCGAAGACUGUCUUGGGUGACCCUCGGCGGUCAGUAUGAUUGGACCAACAGAAUCUACCCCGGCGAGCUGCCUCCUCAGUUCCCACCUGACAUUGCCGGAUUUCUGGAGACACUGUUCCCGGAGACUCUUGCCCAGGCAGCCAUUGUCAACUUUUACACACCAGGAGACACAAUGAUGAUGCACAGGGAUGUAUCAGAGGAGACUGACAAAGGGUUGAUCUCUCUCAGCUUUGGGUGUGACUCCCUCUUCAUGAUCGCGCCCAACGAUGUCGGGAAGAUGAGCGACGAGGAGAAAAAGGCCGCAGGCUUUGGAGAUGGACAAAAAGAGUAUCUGCUGCUGAGACUGAGAUCGGGAGAUGCCAUCUACAUGACCAAGGACUCGAGGUUUGCGUGGCAUGGUGUCCCCAAGGUUCUGAAGGGGACAUGCCCGGACUAUUUGGAGGACUGGCCGGCAGAAAAUGGAAAGUACGAAGAGUGGAGGGGGUGGAUGAAGAACAAGCGGAUCAACCUCAAUGUGAGGCAGAUGCGGGAUUAACUGUUGAGCUCAUCAACAGGACAUUUGGUUAUACAAUUUGAGGUGUUUGCCAACAGAACCCGAUCAAUUGAUGACUACUCCUCGGCUUGAUAACAAGAUCACUUGUGUGUCUGAGUUUGCUCCGAUACCUUUGACUCCAUCGAAACCAGCUGCACAAUAGGUAUUCGGGGAAAUUGAUGCACCGCGUCCGGCCGCUUUUCCUGUGGCGCUGGUGUAGGACCGACCAACGCACGACGUUGACCACCAACACACACUUACACCAGACCUUGGACGUACCUGCUUUGGCCAACGUUGCAGCCGGCCAUCACAUGACAAUGUCGAGGACAGUGGAGAUGUCUCGGGUUUGCCUCUGGGUCUGAGACGGAUAGAAAAGGUUAAUUGUACCGAGUGGUACCAACGUUGCGGUUUGCGGAUCCUGCCUUCGGAGCGCGCCACGAGGCGAGAGGUAUGAUGGAAUGUGAAGGUGCGCCGUUGGGUCAGAGGUUGGAAGCCGUGAUAUAAGGUUUCGGACUCACUUCUGCUGACAUUUUCCAGCCGAUUGACCCUUCAUCUCAUACCGCACGACAAAUCCAUCCCCAUUCCUCCGUCUUGUGGCAAUCUCAGGAACACGCAAGUCAUACGCCGCAUUGCGAACGCAAAAGCCAGCACAACGGUGGAGACCUUAAACUUAAAAUCUCACCGCCGGCAACCGGCUCCCGGACAUCUCUCACUUUGAUCCUCUUGCAAUUGUCACCUUAACCCACCGCAACAAUGUGCCAACUCCAACACUACAAGCAGAUCCGCUGCGGCCGCCCCCUCCCCGGGCUCCCCACCCCACCUCUCCCCAAAUCCCGCCGCACCAGCGCCGAGUUUCCUCUCUCACAACCUCCCCUUAUUGACAGCUCAGAGCCCCCCAAGAUCUGCCUCGCAACCCUCACCCCCCCACCAACCCUCAUCAAGUGCGACUGGGCCAACCUCCAGACAACGCCCCACUUCAACAUCUGCUGGGAGCCCACCCCCGUCCCUGGCGGCGCAAUCGAAGCACCCGAUGAGAUCAAGGAGCACGCUAGGGACAAGUGCCGGAGCUGUCACUACACUGCUGUGCCUACCAGGUUGAGCUUGGAUGAGAUGAAACGGGGGCUGUCGUGUAGGAUUCCCAAGAGGGAUGAGUUGAAAAGGUCAAAGAGUGGGAUGGGGAGGUUGAUGGAGCGGGUGAGGAGUCAUAGUUAUCAUCAUCAUGGGAAGGAGAAUGGGAAGGAGAAGGAGAAGGAGAAGG